AUGGCCCAGGAAGUCGAAGCCGACUCUCUCGGUGAUGAAUGGAAAGGAUACAUUCUUCGUCUUACAGGAGGUAAUGAUAAACAAGGUUUCCCAAUGAAACAAGGUGUUCUUACAAAUGAACGUGUCCGUCUUCUUCUUUCAAAAGGACAAUCUUGUUACAGACCACGUCGUGCUGGAGAACGUAAACGUAAAUCUGUCCGUGGAUGUAUCUAUGAUGCCAAUCUUUCUGUUAUUGCUGCUAUUAUUGUUAAGAAGGGAGAUAAUGAAAUUCCAGGACUCACUGAUGUAUCUGUGCCAAAAAAACUUGGACCAAAAAGAGCAUCAAAGAUCCGUAAGCUUUUCAACUUAACAAAAGAAGACGAUGUUUUGAAAUACGUACUUCCAAGAACAGUAAGUAAUGGAAAACGUGUUGUAAAACCACGUGUCCAACGUUUGAUUACAUCAGAUAGACUUAAACGUCAAGCAAAGAGAUUAGCCGAGAAAAAAGCCAGAACCGUCAAACGUAAGGAAGAAGCUCUUGCUUACCAAAAAGUUCUCGCUAAGUUUGCUAAGGAAAAGCAAGCUGAAAAAGCUGCUAGAAGACUCUCUUCUCACAAAUCUGAAAGCAAGUAA